AUGUCGCCGACCUCCUCUGAUCCCCCAGUCCAUCUCAACCCCACCGACCCACCCCAUUUACCUCGUCGGUCUGAGCGUGUUAAACGCCCUCCUUCACAUUUUCACAACUAUAAAGCUCAUCACACCGCCUUGCUCACACCUGGGGCCGUCUCUUCCUCCACGUCCGGAACUCGAUAUCCCCUUCAUCGGUAUAUCUCUUACUCUGGCUUAUCUCCUGCAUAUCGAAAUUUUGUAUGUAAUAUCUCUCGGUUGGUCGAGCCAUCUUCAUAUGCGCAGGCUUGUCAGGAUCCCAAAUGGGUUGCUGCGAUGAACUCUGAAUUGCAAGCCCUUGAAGCCAACCACACCUGGUCUUUGGUCCCUCUGCCUCCCGGCCAUCGCCCAAUUGGCUGCAAGUGGAUCUUUCGAAUCAAAUACAACUCUGAUGGCACAGUUGACCGUUACAAGGCUCGUCUUGUUGCCAAAGGGUUCAAUCAACGCGAAGGUAUUGACUUCACCGACACCUUUGCUCCUGUUGCAAAAUUGAUCACUGUCCGCUGCUUACUGUCUGUUGCUGCUGCUCGCGAUUGGCCUCUACAUCAAAUGGAUGUCCAUAACGCCUUUCUCCAUGGCGACCUCCAAGAGGAGGUUUACAUGUUACCCCCGCCCGGUUCUCGUCGACAGGGGGAGCAUGUUGUAUGUCGACUUCACAAGUCCUUAUACGGACUCAAACAAGCUCCACGAAGUUGGUUUCGCAAGUUUUCAUCUGCUAUUUGUGGCAUUGGCUUCAAGCAAUCUCGGGCCGAUUACUCUUUGUUCACACAUGUACAGGGAAGUUCCUUAACUGUUAUAUUGCUUUAUGUGGAUGAUAUGAUAAUCACAGGCAAUGAUGAAAAGGCAAUCUGUAAGCUGAAACACUUUCUUGGCAGUCAAUUCAGAAUAAAAGAUCUCGGAUCCUUAAAAUAUUUUCUUGGUGUUGAGGUGGCACGAUCGAAAACAGGGAUCUCUAUUUGUCAACGCAAGUAUACUCUUGACAUUUUGGAAGAAGCUGGACUACUUGGAGCUAAACCAGCCAAGGUUCCCAUGGAUCCUGAUUUAAUAUUAUCUCCUACAGGUGAACUGCUCAAAGACCCUACUCGGUAUCGCCGGUUAGUUGGCAAGUUGAUCUAUCUCACAAUUACCAGACCAGAAAUCACUUAUGCAGUCAACACCCUUAGUCAGUUUAUGCAAGAGCCGAAACGCCAACAUCUUGAUGCUGCAUAUCGUCUUCUCCACUACCUUAAAGAAGCUCCAGGUCAAGGGUUGUUAUUCUCUGCCAAGAACAAGUUGAAACUAAUUGGCUAUUGUGAUGCAGAUUGGGCUCGAUGUCCAAUCACACGUCGAUCAGUAACUGGAUAUUGUAUCUUUCUCGGUAAUGCACUAGUGUCUUGGAAAAGCAAGAAACAGGUUACAAUAGCACGAUCAUCUGCUGAAGCCGAAUAUCGUUCAAUGGCUGCAGCUACAUGUGAACUCACUUGGCUAAGAUAUCUGUUGCAGGAUCUGCGUGUUGCACAUUCGGAACCUGCAAAGUUGUUUUGCGACAAUCAAGCGGCUUUAUACAUUGCAGCGAAUCCAGUGUACCACGAACGAACCAAACACAUUGAGCUUGAUUGUCACACUGUUCGUGAAAGAAUAGAAAGAGGUGAGAUCAAGACUGGAUAUGUGCAGACAGGAGAACAGAUAGCUGACUUGUUUACCAAACCAUUAAGGGCACCUGCCUUCAGUUCACUUCUUGGCAAGUUGGGUGUUAUCAACAUCCACAUUCCAACUUGA